AUGGCCCUGCGGGCGCGCGACGUCGUGCUGGCCGGCGUGGCUGGCUUCGUUGCCUGGGGCUAUGCCACGCACUGGUUCCCGGCGAUCCGCUUCGCCGGCCAUGGCGUUGUGGCCGGUGCUCUCCUGAGCUGUGCCGGCCUUCUGGCAUUUGUUGUCACCGUGCGCAUCCCCAUCUAUGCCCCCGAGGCCACAACCACGGCGAGAGCCACCAUCACGACAUUGACCUCCACCCGACGAACCCCGACCGCCGCCUUCGUUUCGCCUGCCCACUGGACCCAGGAACGCGCCGCCCUGCGUGCCAGCCUUGUCUACCACCCCGUUCCUCUGUACCCGGCCAUGCCACGCGUCUCGGCCGCCCUCGACUCCAUCCUGUCCGGCAUCUUGCGCGACAAUGUCCGCUCGUGGUACGCCCACAUCAGCGCACCAGGGCCCCUCCAGAACCCCACGUUUCCCAACAACGUCGAUGCCACGGUACGCGUCGCUCUGGGCCACCUCCGGGACCGCCUUCUAGGCGUCGACGACGUCGUUGAGGUCCUGACGAGCCGGCUCGUGCCGCUGCUAACGGCGCACUUCCACGAUUUCAACGAGGCGGAACGGGCAGUGCGCGGCCGGAAGCUGAACCGGUCCGUGACCGAGUCGGACGAGCUGGACCUGGCGAUUGCGGCCAAGUACCGGGAGAUCAGGGCUGCUGCGGGCGCGACGGAAGGGAGGAACGAAACAAAAGACGGACUGCACCCGGCCGCCCAGCUGUCCUAUUCCGAGGCCAGCACGCGCCUCGUGCAGCAGGACUACUUGCGAAAACUGGUCGGCGACCGCUUGUUGCCCAAACUGCUGCCCGCGCCCUUUCUGGCUAGCCGCCCCGUCGCGGCGCUCGUGCGCGAGAUUGUGGCGUGCGCCGUGCUGUACCCUCUGCUGCAAUUGCUCGCGGACCCAGACACGUACAACCAGCUGAUGGAGAACUACGGCCGGACGAUGCUGCAAGACCGAUCGACAGUGCGGCGGCUGCGGGCGGCGCUGGACCAACACGCAUCCUCGUCCGGUGCUGUGUUGAAAAGCGGAGGUAGCGGCGGCCGCUCGUCGUCCCCGCUGUCGGCGGCGGCGGCCGCCCUGGCCGGUGGAGCAGGCGCAUCGGGUGGCCGUGCAGCACCGCCUGCCGCAUUCCCUCGCCUGGUACCGGGCGACAGCGAACGUCGAUUCGAACGCUUUGUGCGGUCGAUCCGCAAAACCAACAUCCUGUCCGACGCACGGCGGUUCCGCAGCGAGGUGGCCAGCCAGCUCAAGCGCGACUCCCAGCAGCAGAUCCAGGACCUGCACUCUGGCACGGGCAGCCACAACAGCAACCCCGAGAUGACGGUGUAUCUGAGACGGCUCGAGAUGAGCAAGCGGCUGCUCGACCAAAAAGUGCAGUACCUGGCCGCUGGAGGUGACAGCAAGCACGGCACAAUUCAUGCUACGGGCGGCGCCAAUAGCCAUGCUCUGGGCGGCAACGACUCGUCAGGUGGCCCGGGCACACCGGCAGGACUAGGUAGUGGUGGCGGUGUUGGCGGUGGCGGUGGCGGUGCCGGCGCUGGCGGUCCUGGCAGCCAUCCUCUUUCUUUUGCAGGGCCCAUGGCACCCACCGUUUCCCGUCUCGAGACCGCCAGCCUGGCCGAUCUGCUGCGCGACGCCUCGGCUCUGUCAUACUUCAUGGAGUAUAUGGACCGGCAGCGGCUCAUGCCCCUCGUCCAGUUCUGGCUCGUCGUCGACGGCCUGCGCAAUCCCCUUGAAGAAGUAGACGAGGAGGAGGACGACGACGACGAGCUCGAUACCUCGGUCGACGAUACACCGGCCAGCCUUGCGCCGUGGACCGAAGCGGACCGUUUGGAUAUCGCCCAAAUCGACCAGGCCUACCUCGCCCAGCCUGCGCUGCAUAUUUCGGAAGCGUCGCGCCGCACGGUGCGCGUGUUUCUGGAGGCCGGCCCGGCCGCUACGCCCGAGCAGUACUACCGGGCACGCCGUGCAAUUCUACGCGCCCAGAUGGCUGUGCUCAAUGAGAUGAAGGACAAACAUUUUCAGGGCUUCAAGAAGUCGGAUCUGUUUUACAAAUGUCUCGCCACGGAAGACGCGGCACAACAGCGUCAACAGCAGCAACAACAACAGCAGCAACAGCAGCAACAGCAGCAGCAGCAGCAGAUGCAACGGUCCGUCUCACCAUUGACUGUCGUCCCAAUUUCACAAGCACACUCGUCAGGUACAGCCACGCCAAACAAGCCCCUACCACCAAACCCGGCCAGCCGACUCCUGCGUGGUGCACAAGCGACGACGGGCAACGGGACAGCAGGUACUGGAGUUGGUGCAGGUAGCGGCAACGGGAUGGCACCGACGCGGCGGGCAGGCUCGGCAACGGAUCUACGCACAACGGGCACGACAUUGACCAAUCCCGCUGCCAACAGCAGUCUGAUGACCCAGGACGACUCGCUCUUCUCUCGACGUUCCCUCGAUGGCGUCAGCAACAGCGCAAUCAACAGCAACAACUCAUCGACCCCGCUCUUUGGCGACGACGACGAUUUCUUCACGACACCACGCAGCAGUGCGGGCCGCAACAGCAACAGUGGCUUAGCAAACAGCACCGGCAACUUGGCAGCCCCGCCCGCGCCGGAUCCCAUGGCCGACUCUGUGCAGAGCCUCGGCGGCGGCGACCCCAACGUGCCCGACACCGAGGUUGUGCAGGCCGUGGAGCAGGCGCUGACGACCAUCAUGGAGGACAAGCGCCCGACGACCGCCGAAGACCUGCGGGCGUCGCUCUUUGGUGACGAUGACGGCGAGGCCGACAGGAGCAGCACUCCCGACAAGGGAAGCAUCUUUUCGGGGAUUGAUGUCGACGGCAGCACAUCAAGCACCAAAAAGGUGAGAGAUGAGCCAAGGCGCGGUAGUACGCCGCAGCUGUCCCAAGCUCCUGGUCCCGGCGCUGGCCACGUCCACCCGAACCCUCACGCGCACGCCUUGCUGCUCCACGGCGACAACAGCGGCAAGCCCAGUCUUGCGUCCCUGGGCCUGGUCAGUGCCGCUUCGCGCAUUGGCGUGUUUGAGGACGACGACCUCUUUGGGGACGACCAGGCCAAGUACAUGUCGGACGACGAGGGUGAUGGCGGGUCCGACAUGGCGGGGAGUGGCUUGCUGGAAGGCCCGUCCGCCAAGGAUAGAGACCUUUCCAAAGAUGGCGGCGCCGGCGACAGCGACGAAGGCGGCGUGCACGAGGCGGCACCGGGCGAUCUGGGCUUGGUCGAGGCCAUUGCUGCGCUCUCGGACGACAUUGACCGCUUGGGCGCCCAGGACGCCGUCGUCAACUCCCUCCUCAAAAAAGCCGAGCUCACCAACAACACCGCCGAGCUGCGCAUUCUGCGCAAGUCCAAGGCCAGCCUGCAGCGGGAGAUCCGGCGCAAGGAGCUGCAGCGCCAGCAGUACGCCCUCCAAGAGACGGACAACAGUCUGUACGGCCGCGCCAACGUGCGCCUGACGAGCGUGCAGUCGGGCCGCGAAGAGGACACGGGCAAGGAGUACGCACAGUACGUCAUCGAGGUGCGGCGCGACGCCGACAUGGCAACGUCGGGUACGGCCACCGUGUCCUGGACCGUCGUCCGCCGCUACAGCGCUUUCUGGGAGCUGCACCAGCGGCUGCGCGGCCGCUAUCCCUCGGUGCGCGCCCUUGACUUCCCGCGCCGGCGCGUUGUGCUCAACAAGCUGCAAGGCGACUUUUUGCAGAAACGGCGCGCCGCCCUCGAGCGCUACCUGCGCGCCCUUUUGCUGAUGCCGGACGUCUGCCGCAGCCGCGAGCUGCGCGCGUUCUUGUCGCAGCGCGUGAUCUCGACGCAUGUCAAUGGGGGUGCUAGUGCUAGCGGCGGCACCAAUGUGCCCGCGUCCGUAGGCAACCUCGACGCCGACCGCCGCGAUGUUAUCUCGCGGCUCUACGAUUCUGUCGCCGACGGCAUGGAGGACAUUCUCGGCAGCAUCCCCGUGCUGGACCAGCUGUCGACGGCCGGCCAGAACUUGAUUGCGGCCGCCGCGAGCCAGCUGGGCGGUGGCGCCGCAGCCCACAAUGCGGCGGCUGCUCAAAAUGCGUCGGCGUCCGGUGCCGCCGCCGCCGCCGCCUCGGCCGAGGCUGCUGCCGAGCUGGCCGCCGCCACAUCCACACUGCCCGACGAGACCGCGGCGCCCUUUGUCAAGCCCAUCUGCGACAUCUUCUUGGAGAUUUUCGAACUCAACCGCGGCAACAACUGGCUCCGCGGCCGCGCUGUCGUCGUCGUCUUGCACCAGCUGCUCGGCGGCACCAUUGAGCGCAAGCUGCGCGAGAACGUGCGCACCCACCUGCAGGAAGAGGAGGCCCUGCUCAAGUACCUGGGGCUGGUCCAGGACGCGCUCUUCCCGGCCGACGGCAUCAAGAAGCCGCCGCGCACGCCCGCCCAGAAGGCGCGCACGCGCAACGAGGCCGGCCUGAUGCUGGCCACGCUCGUGCCGGACCUCGCGGGCAGCGUUGUCGGCCGGCUCAACGCGCAGGCCGCGAGCCGGCGCAUCUUUGCCACGUUCAACAACAGCCGACUAAAGUAG